AUCCUUAUCCUUGCUCCAGAGCCCAGACAGUAGAGGCAUCCAGUGCACCUGAACCACUAGCUAGCUAGCUACAUCGGCAAGUCGGCAAAGCUCGUGAUCAAUGGGGGUCAAGCUCACGCUCCCGCCGGCGGCACUGAUCUCCCAGGUGGCCAAGCUGGGAUCCCUCCUUGUCCUCCUCCUCCUCGCGCUGCUGCUGCCCGUCUUCCUCAGGGUCGCCUACGGCUACCUUCUCUUCAACGGCAUCGUCCUCGCGCUCGGCAUCCAGGCCUUCGUCGGCAGCGGCGGCGCUUCCAUCGCCGACGACGAAGACUGGCACGGGUCUUCGAGUGCCGGUCAGGCCGUCGAGGCCUCACCGUUCCAGAGGGCUGGAGCUGAAUCAGUCCGUCCCGACGACCGGACGGCGGUUGUGGGUGAUCGUGUCGUGGUGCCUGCCUUUGUGGCAAGUAAUAUAAUCGAGCUGAAGACGAAGACCAAGGAGGUGGUGCUGAAGGUGCUGAAGAAGUGCCCAUCGACUGCAAGCAUCUUCUUCCUCAGCGCGCUGAACGGCAGCCAACAAGCCGGCGGAGAGGAAAAGGCACCGCAAGAGGAGGAGGAAGAGUGCGACGUCGACAUGGACGGCGACGUGAGGAUGAGUCGGGAGGAGCUAUUUGCCAACACGGAGCGGUUCAUCGGCAACUUCCGCAAAGAGCUCAGCAUGCAGAGACAGUAGCACUACUCCAAGCUAGCAUAGAUAUUUUUUCUUAGCUUUUCUUCUUUUUUUUUUCUUUAGUCUUUGCGCCAAAAUAUAUAGGGGCACCCAAAUAGGAGUGUGUUUAGUUGGACACGUACGUCCUUAGCGAGCCCACGUCUGUAACCCUGUCCAUCGAUUUAGGAUUUUCGGUGUGUUUAGGUUUUCGAAAUUGGCAUGAGCUUAUCAUUCGAUCAUUCAAUAUGAGUGAUGAGCUAUUUCAAAAACAAUGGAAUUGACAUGAUCUCAA